AUGACGUCGAUGCUAACUCAGGAGCAAACAGGCCUUAUGUUGGCCGCUUCAGUCGACGAUGAACAGACCGAAAGAGUAGAAGCUGACAAGGAGAUUCAGGCUGAGUCUGAGCUGGCUGAGAUCAAGGGUCAGGCGAAGAUGAUCUUCCGCCGACUGAAUCGCAACGCUGCGCCGCAGGCAAGCAUUGAAUCCGGUCAAUACAAUCUCCACUACACUAUCAAAGAUGAUAUCUGCUUUCUCUGCAUCUGCGACCGCUCCUAUCCCCGCAAACUCGCAUUCACUUAUCUUGAUGAUCUGGCUUCUGAAUUCACGACCACCUACUCCGCCUCACAAUACCUCUCUCCCACUCUUCGCCCUUAUGCCUUCGUCGAGUUCGAUACCUUCAUCCAGCGCACAAAGAAGCUGUACCAGGAUAGCCGUGCCUCGGGCAACUUGGACAAGUUGAACGACGAGCUGCGUGAUGUCACCAAGGUCAUGACCAAGAAUAUCGAGGACCUCCUGUACCGUGGAGACAGUCUGGAGCGCAUGGGUGAACUUUCCGGUCGCCUGCGCGAGGACAGCAAGAAAUAUCGUCGGGCAGCAGUGCGCAUCAACUGGGAAUUGUUGGUGAAACAGUACGGGCCUUUCGCUGGCGUUGGUUUAUUCGUGCUCCUCCUUCUUUGGUGGCGCUUCUUCUGA